AUGACUUCCAGUUGAGCCGCAACACUAUUAUAAAAUCAAAAUAAAGCUUGACUUUUAUACUAAAGUUGUUUGGUAUUCAAUACCAUACGUUAUAUCCUAAUCGAAAGUGCCGCGUAUCUGCGAAGUGAUUACUGAUGUAAAGGGAUAUGAACGAAAUGUAUGAUUUACUGAGGGGAAGAUAUCGCCUACAGGACAUCAAAAUGUUGAAUCAAAAUCAAGCAGUUUGGAAUUCGGUUGAUGAUUUCAUCGAACCCUUGUUAAAAUGCGUCUUACAAACUCCAAGAGUCGGUGUAUCUUGUGGCAAGGUUGAAGCAAGCAAUGUUACGUCGAGUUGUGGGAAAGAAAAAGGAGAUAGAUUUCACUUGUCAAUCCCUUAUGCAGGAAAAAGGCUCGUUUGGAGUGUCUUCUUUAAUUCUCUAUGCCCAGAACUUGGUCCAGAUUUUCUCUUUAACGACGACACCUUUCUUGAUGAUCCAGACCUCGAUACAAUAAUCAGACACGUUCCUAGCCUGGCUCAUUGGGAUGUGACCAGCGAUGAUGCCCUGCUUAUGGUUAUCAUAGAACUUCUCAUGUACUACAAGCAACAUCAGAUUGAACUUCUAGGAAAGCAGGGAGAGCGAUUACAAUUUGAGUAUAGUACUCUGGUCAGUGCUACUGAAAUAUGCGCUGAAGAUCUGGAAGUGGUGUUGUUGCCUUCAGGUCUUAGACCUAUUGAAGCACGCUUUUUAAUUCGUAUGGCAAUGGAUUUUUCCAAAUUACCUGAACGGAGCACUCAUCAAGAUGAUGAAGCUAUGUUACUUGUGACCUUUAAUGGUCCAGAUUGGAAUCGUAUUACACCAGAACUUUAUCUCUCAAAGAGUUUGGAAGAGGCAUUUGGAGGUCAAGCGGCUCUCCAUAUACCACCGUUCAUAUCAACCAAAUGUUUAAUGGACUAUGUACCAGAGGUUAAAAGAGUCAUAAAUGAGAAAAUAAUCCUGCUAGCAACUUGUUUUGAAAAGCGUAAGAGUUUUAUAGCUGCGUUACUUUUAUUAAAACGUGGCAGCAUCAUAGAAUAUGAUGCAGUUGAAUCUAGCCAGGCGACUCUAUUGUUUGAGUAUAGAGAUUUCUAUUGCAUGGUGCACUUCAAACUCCCUCCAGCAUUUCCAAAAGAGGCACCACUAAUUGUUCUGCAGUCCAUCUAUCACAUGACUUCGAUGGGAACGUUGUUCUGUCAAACUGUUGAAGAUCUUCCUUUUAGUCAUCGCUGGACGCCUUUUGAAAUGGUCACCAAAGCACUGAAUCACAUUGUUGAAAAAGAAGUUCAAAAGUUUCAGACGAAUUCUGUCAAGAGUAGUCAUUUCUGAAUCGACUCAAGUAUUUAAUAUUGCUAUGUGUGAACAAGUCAUUCAUAAUAUCGAUCAUUCAUCCCAUAUACGGAGCAAGGCUGUGAGACUAUUGCCUGCAUAUCUUAUCAUAUGCACUCUCAGUGUAAAUAAUUUACAAGCUUGUUUCAAUGCCAUUUGCAUUGAUGUAUAGGUUUUUGGAAAUAAAAAAACUUGUCUGAA